CACUCAACAGGGGGGACAGCGACAGGCGGAUACGGAGCUCUCAGAUUGGCAGAGGCAGCGCAGAGCUCCAGGUACCGCUCCCUUGUGAAAGAGAACCGGGCUGACAGAGAGCAGCAGCGGCAGCGCAGGAGAGUGCCGCACCCUUUCUGCUCCUCCUUAACGGAUCAAUGCAAGCAGGUUACACGCGCUGAAAACUACCGGAAGAAGCAGGAAAGUGCCAGUGGAGUGCUCAAGAGGCGUUCAGAGCCCUCAGGUGAUCUCAGAUGUAGGUACACUCUGACCUACAUUAGAGUUGAACAACUCCAUGAAAUUUGACCUGGAUGUACCUGAGGGACAGGUCCAUAGACGCAAGGAAAAGACUUUCCUGGUGGUGUUGGAGACGCCUUAGCAAGUGACGGCUUGGAACUUUGGAUCUUUUUAGUCUGCCUUCCAACUCAUGGCAAGCCGACCUCCAACCUGCCAAAGAGCACAGCUGUAAACGCUGCUACAAUCUCUGGGCUCUAUUGCCUGUCGACAAAGCAUCCAUCUUUUUCAAGUCUUCUCUGACGCCAUGUCCAGCACAACUAAUAGCAUUACGUGCCACUAUACCGAAAAUGUGACUUUUUUUUACAAGAAUAGCAAUAAAACGAUUUCUGAUUUAUGGCGCAAACGGGACUAUGCGGUCGUCACUUUGGGGCUGCUUGUUUGCUUCAUAGUUAUCUUUUCAAACCUUUUGGUUAUAUUGGCCAUUUUCAAAAACCGACGCUUUCACUUCCCCAUCUACUACUUGCUGGGUAAUCUGGCUGUUUCAGACUUGUUCUCAGGCCUUGCCUACCUCCACUUGAUGUUUCACACUGGCCCUUGGACCAUAAAGCUAAGUCCGUACCAAUGGUUUGUUCGCCAAGGGCUAGUCGACACCAGCCUCACGGCCUCCGUCCUCAAUCUUCUUGCUGUUGCCAUGGAGCGACACCAGACCAUCUUCAACAUGCAGCUGCACAGCAAGAUGAGCAUGCGGCGAGUUUUCAUCAUCAUAUUUUCCAUCUGGGUGGUGUCGAUUAUUAUGGGCCUUUUUCCCACCAUGGGAUGGAACUGUCUGUGCAACCUGAAGAGUUGCUCCACCAUGGCGCCGCUCUACAGUCGCAGCUUCCUGUUGUUCUGGGCGCUUCUCAACUUGAUUACUUUCUCCAUAAUGGUGGCCAUCUACACCCGGAUCUUUUUUUAUGUGAGGCACAAGAGCAAGCAGAUGUCUGAGCACACAACGCCGACCAGACACAGAGAGACUGUUCUCGGCUUGAUGAAGACCGUUUCAAUGAUCCUAGGCCUCUUCGUGCUCUGCUGGACACCGGGUCUCGUUCUGCUGAUGCUCGAUGGUCUUGAUUGCGAAAGUUGCCAAGUGCUGCACUACGAGAAGUACUUCCUGGUGCUGGCCGAGUGCAAUUCUUUCGUCAACCCCAUCGUCUACUGUUUCAGAGACAAAGAUAUGAGGAAAACCUUCAAGGAGCUUCUGUGCUGCUUGUGCCACCGGGGUCGGGGCCCGUCUGAUAAUGACUUUACCACGCUUGAGGAGUCGAGGCUUCGCACCAUCCGGAAGACGGCGGAGGCCAACGGGUUGCCUCUCAUGAAGCACGUGUCGGAGGAUCACGCCGCCGCUUCAGACGGCUUCAACUGACCCGACCUGAAACGCUCCCUUAACGGUAUCUACCGAUGCUCGAAUCCUUUGAAAGAAGAUGGUGCGCCUCUGACCGGCAGACGGACAUGAAAUCCGAGUGAUUUUAAUACUUCUCUUAAUAGACUUGAACUGUUUCUGAAUGCGAGCUGCACUCCGGUUUUAUCUCGGUCUUCAGAGAAGAAGCUCUCCACAAAUCAGCACCAAGAACAGCAUGGUGGCGUGCAGAAGAAAGGAAAGGACUGUUACCAAGGUGGCCAUUUUUGGAAAAGACCAAUGCAAUGUAAGCCCUGCCACACUGUGUGCGCAAAGGCUGCUACAUCAACUCGUCAACCUCUCUUCCUGUAGCUUAGAAACAUUAUUGCUCAAGUGARAAACGGUAGCUUAAAAGCUGCUAUGAAUUAUGCUUUGUGGGACAUUGAAUACUUACACUCUCACGUUGAUUUCAUAAGUCGGAGCUCAUGUGAAAGAUAACAUUUUUAUCGCAUUGCAAAGAAUCCAGAUAUAAUUGGCCAGUUUAUGAAACACUUUUUUUCCCUCCAUCGUUUCCCGCUUUUCUACCAGAAGGCAGCUAAAUGUUUGCGACGUAGUUUAGAGAUGAUGAUGUCUGUUUGCACCAGAGAUUAUUUUAUAAAGCAAGCCAUUAACUGUAAAUAGUUAACGUCGUAACUUAUCACUUUUUUGUGUGCCUAAAACUGUAUUGAAACCGUCUCGUGCCGUAGCUGUUAUUAAUCUAACAUUGAUCUCGCAGAGGAAGGACUUCCUGACACACUUUCCUUUUUAUUGUUUUUAUUUUACAGCUUCUUAAGAACUGGAUUUGGGUUUUUUUGUUGUUGUUUUUUUUUAAUGUUUUUUUUAUUUUUUAUUUGGGAGAUUUUAUCAGUUGGAAUCAGACUCGCAUAUUUAUCAGAUUAAAAUAUUUUAGGAGCUACAUUUUUAAUUUUGUUUUUAACCUUUUUUUUUUUUAUCCCAAUAA